ACCUAUCAAAUGUUCCACCUUCAUCGAAGUCUGGUGCACUCGCAAAGUAUGUUUGGAACAUGCGAGGGUGGACUGUCCCAGAAUUCCUGGCUCCUCAAGUCGUUCUCUGUUACCAAAGAUUGGACUCUAUGUCUCGACGAUAAAUCCCCCAACCAUAAGGAGUCUGACGCCAUCACGCAGGAGUUGGAGUAUGUGACAGGCAUAGUUCCACGUACCCUCGUGGCCCUGGGUCCAGGGAUGAGAAGCGUCCGAGAGAAACCCCGAUGGGCGUCGACCUGUCACCACGUUGCAGGAAGACAUUGCAUACUCAUUAUUUGGCAUUUUUGGCAUUCACCUUCCUAUUUUUAUGGCGAGAAGAAGUAAAA